AUGGCAUCUACUCCAGUAUCGCAGCCGCCUACUGUCAUCAAUGCUGACUGCCUCGACCCCAACGAAUCACCUCACCAGCUCCAACGACCGCUAUCUGGACCAGGUGCCUCGCGACAGACUCGUCUACUGCAGCUUCGCAAUGUAGGCUUCCGAGGACCGGCCAUGCCGGUACGCAAAGUGACUCCAACGGCAAGGGAUAUGCUGGCCAGUCCUUGGUCGAAUGCUGGGACUGAUGCGUCUGGGGCGAAUGUGGAACAUGACGACGGAUCACCAAUACCAGGCAUUGCGGCGAGAACAAGUGAGACGAGGCGGAGGACAUCACUCUUAUCACUGGAUCAGCCGGAGGCUACGCCCUCGAUCCAACACAAGCGUCUACGACCUCGGGUCUCAUCAGGCGCAAGACAUCUGCCCCUAGAUCAUCUUCGCUUGGGCAAGAUCCAUUCAGACGAUAUCAAUUCGCCUCCACCACCGCCCAAAUCUGCUGCCCGUCUGAGAGCUGUACGCGCUCGAGCGAAGAUCAACCACCCUCGCCGCUCCAUCAGUGCAGAGGCGCGCAAGUAUGUGGAGCACCUUGAGGCUGAGCUCGUGGCAGCGCAGAAUCAGAUCUCUGCGAUCACGUCGCCUUCUGCCACGCGAGAACAGUCUUCCCGUGUGAGAACAUUGAGCGCCGAGACCAAGGUUCUACAGGAGGAAUUAGCGGAAUGGGAGUCACAAUACGAGCAGCGGGUGCGAGAGGGGGUUGAGCAGCACGUCCGAGCUGAGGCAGGUUUACGUUCACGGAUUCGCACGUUAGAGAGGAUCGCGGAGGAAGCGCGGUCUCGAGCGGACAAUCUAGAGAUGCAGUUGGGAUCAGCUACGUUGAAUCUCGAAGUGAUCGAAACGGCCAACGUGAGAUUGGAGAAGCGACUCGAGAUCAUGUCUAGCCUGUUGGCAGCCUCGCCGGUCAAGAUCGAUCUUCACGCCGACACGCCAGGUCGUCCCAGAAUGAGCAAGGUUCGACCGAAAUCGAUGUUGCCGAUCUUGCCGGCGAUUAGCACUGUCCUCGAUCGACAGCCAUCGAUCCCAUCAUCACCUCCAGGUCAUAGUGCUCGACCAGCGUCCACGAAGAGCAUGUCCGUCAGCCACAUUGCCAUCUCACCCGACGACAUCUUCUCCGAUGCCGAAUCCGUGUGGUCGAGCGCAGCUCUGAGCAGCCAUUCGGGCAUGGAAACCGCCUCUUGGCACAGUCACCAACGGCAUGCCAGCAAGUCGAACAAGCGCCGAAUGCGGCGUUUCGUAGCGGGAAGUGUUGGACCCAAGCCACUCAUUCUGCCUGCUACUAAUCAGUGGUCUGGCUCUGUCCCGGCUUCAGCGCCUGGACUCGAGCGAGAGGAAUCUGCUGCUAUGUUCUCCUUCGAUCAUGUCUCCAGGCCGAAAGAUGAUCUGGACUGCCCCGUGAGCCCGAGCUUUGGUCGACAAAGGGCCUUCUCCACGGCCGAUGAGAUCGUGGCUGCGCAACGACGUUCGAACAUAUUGGCAUCACUUGAAGGGCAAUUCCCCCAUUUGAGCGAGACGGUUCCGGAGGAAGACGAACUGGAUGAAAUGCUGGAUCACACAUUGCUUGCAUCUGAUCAGAACUCUGAUCUCCCUAGCCAUAAAUACUCCUCGCUCGGUUCUGCAGCGGGCGCCGCGGUGGCAGGUCGGAACCUGAUGGAUGAGCUUGCUGCGGUUCAGACACCAAAUGCUAAGAGCAACAGCGAUGAAUUCUCGCACAGCGACCCGAGUGGGCAAUCAGGGAGGGGAAGUUCAGGAGGAGUGCCCGCAGAAAUGUUGAGCUCGAGUCCGUUCAUCUCGGAUGUCGAUAUCGACAUGGAACUGCCCUCGUUCCCAUCCAGGGUCACGUCCGGUUAUGCUGCUGAUCGGCGCAUGGUAUCGAAUGCUUCUACUGCCAUUGCCGUCUCGCGUCCAAAGAAGGCACCAUUGGCAGCAAACACUUUAUCAUCACCAGUAGCAUUCCUACACUCGACGCUUGCUAUGUCGUCGCCCCGCGUCCGCUCCUCCUCUCCUCUCCCUUCUGCCGCGACAUCGACGGCAAACUUCUCAUCAACAGAUCGCAUCAAUUCGCUGUUCGCCGCCCUGCGUCUUCCCCACCUCGUUCUCGCUCGCAAUCUGAUUAACGCGGCCCAUUCCCAUAUGCCUGGUGGCGGUGCCCUGCUCAACAUUCAAUGGUGGCUUGUCGGAAUGCUCCUUGGGCCUAUGGCUCGUCGCCGGAUGCUUGCAGCCCCAGGCGCAGACUGCUGCCUUGCAUCCGGGACUUGCUGCAAUGGCGCUAGCACGCACGCGCGCAGGCCAAGCGCUCAGCCUAUAACAACAUCCUCUCCGUUCCGCACCCUCAGCUCCUGCUGUGUACCGCAGAUCCUGGAGAGUCCAUACCCAUUCGACUCAGACGCCGACUCGGAUGGAGAUGAUGAAGACGACGACGAUGACGACAACCUCUCCUACGGUAAUCUCUACAUGACCCCUCCACGACCCGCGCCUGGCUCAUCUCUCCUGCGAAUCUCCGGCAAAGGUCGAAAACGAACAACUCCCUCUUCGGCAUCGGCGCUUUCCUCCAACCACUCACCUACCCGAGCAAGCCGGUCUACGCGACAUCAUCACUACCGACGCCACCGGAACGACCUGACCUGCUGCCACCAGCACUGCACCCAUCAAACCUCCGCUGCAGACACCACCACCACUCUUUCCACGACCACGGCUCCCGCCAGCUUCGCCACCCGCCACAGCCCCUGGCUCUGGCUGAAGUUCUCCAUCACCCUCGCCGUGGCCGUGGGCGCCGCAUUCCGCUACGGACCGGGAAGUCUCCUAUCGAGCUCGGACACGGCCGCAACUUCGACAUGUUGCUGUCCAAAGCAGCAUCAGAGCCGGUGUCACGCGGGAGAUCGCUGUCGGGGUGUGGGCGGCAGUCAGCGGAUUGUCAGCCUGCAGGGUGAGCAGAGUGCGGCAAAGGACGCGAUGAGCUGGAGGAGGGUGAGGAGGGAAGUUUUUGGACGGGAGUAA